UCAAGUCAACACCACAUCGGUUCUGAAAGUCCCUUGGGAAAAUGGCAAAGUACGCCCUCAACAUCCUAGUUCUCUCCCUGGUCCUGUCAUUGGGUUCUGGUCGCAUUGUAGAUGACAUCAGUUUCCAUAACCCGCAACACUUGGCAGGUCAACUACCUCAAACUAGGGCCAAUAUGGUCGUGGAUCAAUUAGGUGUGAACAAACGUACUCUGGACGAGGAAAGGGACCCAGAAUUUUGGCGUACACUGGCAAGGGAUGAACUUUUGAAAAGCGUGGAAAAACAAAAACUGAAUGGUAUAAUUAUGUUCCUUGGCGAUGGUAUGUCGCUUUCUACAGUAACAGCUACCCGUAUCCUUAAGGGUCAAAGGCAAAAUCAUACCGGCGAAGAAGAUGGCUUGAGUUUUGAAAAAUUCCCACACAUGGGGUUGAGUAGGACAUACUGUGCCAAUGCCCAAGUUCCCGAUUCGGCCUGUACCGCUACUGCAUAUUUGUGUGGUAUCAAAGCCAAUAUUGUGACCAUUGGUGUCACUGCCAAUGUGGAAUAUAACAACUGCAGUGCCAGUAUGGAUCCAGCUAAUCAUGUCUCAUCCAUUGCUGCCUGGGCCCAAAAGGCGGGUAAAUCAACUGGCUUCAUUACCACAACUACUUUGACCCAUGCCAGCCCAGCGGGCACUUAUGCUCAUGUUGCCAAUCGCUUGUACGAGAGUGACACAGACGUCAAAUCCUAUGGCCAAGAUCCAGCUACAUGUGUGGAUAUGGCUCAACAACUUGUUAACGAUGAGCCCGGACGUAAUUUCAACAUCAUGAUGGGUGGCGGCAUGGCAAAAUUUUUACCCAAAACUGUUAAGGAUUCCCAUGGAAAUUAUGGAAUACGUGAAGAUGGUAGGAAUCUCCUUUCCAAAUGGCAGGGAAUGCACCCUGGAGGAGUAUUUGUCUCAAAUCGGGCAGAACUCUUAAGUGUUAACACAGCGAAGGUUUCACAUAUUAUGGGCAUAUUCGAUACGAACUCAAUGAAUUAUCAUGCCGUGGCUGAUAAGACCAAGCAACCUUCCUUGUCUGAAAUGACAGAAACCGCUUUGAAGUUGUUGCAGCGCAACGAAAAAGGUUAUUUCAUAUUCAUCGAAGGAGGUAACAUCGAUACCGCUCACCAUGAAAAUAAAGCAGCCAUGUCUUUGGAUGAGACUUUGGAGUUUGAAAAGGCCAUACAGUUGGCUCGUGACAUGACUGACCCUCAAGACACUCUAAUUGUAGUUACCUCCGAUCACGGUCAUGGUCUAACAAUCAAUGGUUAUCCGGGACGCGGAUCAUCAAUUUUGGGUUUGAAUCCAAAUGAUCUGGGAUCCGAUGGUUUAAAAUAUUCCACUCUUAUGUAUCCAUUGGGUCAUGACCAAUUUACCGAUGAAAAUGGUAAACGUGUGGACUUGGAGAAAAUUCCCCGAAAUAUUGAAACCGUGUAUCCUAGUUUUAUAAAAUCCAAUAUGGGUCAUCAUUCGGGUGAAGAUGUUGGAAUUUUUGCCUCAGGACCAUUUGACCAUUUAUUCACCGGCGUAUUGCAGCAGAACACAAUUCCUCAUUUGAUGGCCUAUGCAGCGUGUAUUGGUGACGGACCAACAAUGUGCGAUGCAAACCAAAAGGUUUAA